CUCGAAACUGCAACAGGCGACGGUCAAAUACAUUAUACACGGAGACUACAGCUGAAGACUGACUAUUCAAGCUGCCUAAACUACUCCGUACAGCUGCUCUUCUUCUUUCCCUGUGCUGCUUGCUUCUUCUCUUCUCGCUCAUAAAACCAUCUCCAAGCUUCUCUCCUUUCAAAAGCCCAAACAUCAACAGCAGCAGCAGCAUGCCAGGCAUCAGUAUCCCAGCCAGAGCGCAACAUACCGCCUCAGUCAUCUUUGCACACGGCCUUGGUGACUCUGGUGCAGGCUGGAGCUUUCUACCUGAACUCAUGGCUGCUCAAAAACUUCUACCAGGCGUCAAAUGGAUCUUACCGAAUGCGCCAAUGCUCCCGGUCACGGUGAAUAUGGGUAUGAAAAUGCCUGCUUGGUACGAUAUUGCCAGUCUCGGUGACAUUGAUCAGCGGACUGAAGAUGAGGCAGGCAUGCUCAAGUCUGCUGCAAGUUUACAUGCUCUUGUCGAUGAAGAAAUUGCAGGCGGUUUGGCUUCCAACAAGGUCGUCCUGGCUGGCUUCUCGCAAGGGUGUGCCAUGGCCCUUCUUGCUGGACUGACUUGUAAGAAACCACUGGCUGCGAUUGUUGGCAUGUCAGGCUAUCUUCCCCUUCGAGAGAAACUGCCAAACCUCGCAACUGAAGCCAAUAAGGAAACGCCUAUUUGGCUAGCGCACGGCACAGCAGAUCCAGUGGUGAAUCCUAAAUUCGGGCAGCUCUCACAAUCGUAUUUGAAGGAGAAGAUGGGCCGUAAAGUGGAGUGGCAGACGUAUCAAGGCUUGGCACAUUCAGCAGAUCCAAGAGAAUUGAUGGAUUUGGCGGCCUUCUUGAAACGUGUCUUGGCGUAGAUGGCCUUAGACGAUAUAAGCAGUCUACAUGUACGGUAGUAGCAGUAGCUGAUCAGGAGAGCGUCGGAGGAUAAAACCAACCGUAAACACGCAAACACUCUCGGCGCCGGCAAUGACGCAAACAGCGAGCAAGCCUCCCAGAAGCAACUUUGGCAGGAAACGCAGAACAUGACCUCAACCCACCACUCAACUCCCU